AAUAAUAAAAAGGAAUUGUGUGAUGGCAAGAACACGAGCGUAACUGAUUAAGGAAGGAGAAGCUUAGCUUGGCAGUUGAGUUGGGAAAAUGAAUUUGGCUUUCAAUUUGAAUUUGAGUUCAUCACUAUGUAUUCAUAGGAGAAGGAGAAGCCACACACUCAACAAUGUUAAUAGGAGGAAAUCAAAAUCCAUUUCCAUGGCUAUGGCAUCUUCUGUUACUCAGGCAUAUGAUUCUGAACUAGAAAACAAUAAGCAUGAGCUUUUAACAUCUGUCCAAGACACACAAAGAGGACUCUUAACAACUCCUCAUCAACGUUCUUCUAUUGAGGAAGCUCUUGUGAAUGUGGAAGGAAGUAACAUGGGUGACCCAAUUGAUUUUAACAAGUUGGAUGGAACUUGGCGCUUGCAGUAUACUUCCGCUCCUGAUGUUCUCAUUCUCUUCCAAGCUGCUGCUACUCUUCCUUUCUUUCAAAAAUUUGAAUGCCGUCAUAUCUCUAAUGGAGGUAUUAUUCGCAAUGUUGUCCGCUGGAGUAUUCCUAAUUUCCUUGAGGAACAAGAAGGUGCUACAUUGGUUGUAUCUGCCAAGUUCACUCUUGUAUCGGUCCGAAAUAUUUACCUUCAGUUUCAAGAGAUCUCAGUUCAAGAUAUAAAUAUUAGUGAACAGCUGCAAGCUCUAAUAUCUCCAGCAAUACUACCACGAUCUUUUAUAAGUUUGCAGAUAUUGCAAUAUCUCCGUGCUUUCAAAGCUCAAUUUCCCGUGAGGAAUCCGGGAAGGGAAUCAGUAGGAGGAUUAUAUUAUCUGAGUUAUUUGGAUGAUAAUAUGCUUUUGGGCCGUGCUGUUGGUGGAGGAGGAGUAUUUGUGUUUACGAGAGCCCAAUCACUUUACUGACGAGCAUUGAUCAGUAGUUUAAGACUUUUACUGUUUGACAGCAAUAACAGUAACACUCGAUAAGCCAUCGUUGAGGAAUUGGCCAUAUGGAGAGGAAGAAAUAGAUUGGAGGCCUGUAGUCCACAAGGAAUUCUCAUCAUUGUAUAAGGCAAUAAUGUGCUAUUGUUGUUAAGUAAAAUAGUGUUCAUAACACAUGCAACGGAAUAAAGUUUGGAUCUAUUUUGCGCUUAAAUUAUAAAAUUAUAAAUUAGAUACUAAAAGUGUACCUUUGUAUCAAUUCUUGAAGCAUGAAAAAUUCUUCAAUGAUAUGAAGACUCUACGUGUAUCCACACCGAGACCAAUUCUUA